CCCGGCCCGGAGCUCAGACUGGAAGAUGGCGGCGGCCGCCGAGCUGACGCUGCUGGAGAAGUCCCUUGGGCUGAGGAAAGGGAACAAGUACAGCGCUCAGGGCGAGCGCCAGAAUUAAAUUCAUUAUGGGAGCUCCCUUUGGAUCCUGCUUUAUGUUGACUGAAGCUGACUGUUUUGUAUGCCAUUUAUGGCGUCUUGGGAGAUUCCAGUUCUUCAAACAAACAGUGGUCCAUGUCUAACAGGAUUGGCUACUAUAGCAGCUCAUCUAGUCAAGGAAGCCAACAAAGAAUAUUUGCUUGGGAGCACUGCAGAAGAAAAAGCAAUAGUUCAACAAUGGUUAGAAUUCAGAGUUACUCGAGUAGAUGGAAACUCCAAUAAAGAUGAUGUCCGCAUUCUGUUGAAGGAUCUUAAUUCAUAUCUUGAAGAUAAAGUCUAUCUUACAGGAUAUAACUUUACCUUAGCAGAUAUUGUUUUAUACUAUGGACUCCAUCGCUUCAUAGUUGACCUGACAGUUCAAGAAAAAGAGAAAUAUCUUAAUGUGUCUCGCUGGUUUUGUCACAUUCAGCAUUAUCCAGGCAUCAGGCAACAUCUGUCUAGUGUUGUCUUCAUCAAGAACAGACUGUAUACAAAUUCCCACUAGAAGCUACCCAAUUCCGUGCAGAAGAGAGAUUAAAAAUAUUUUAAAUGGAAAGUGUAUUCUGGACCAGAGGGCUAAUGUAAAUUGAUAUGUAGUUAUUUUUUAUUUGCUGAAGUUGAUAUAAUUUUUAAAGUAUAAAUAUGUCUGAAUGUAUUAUUUUUUCUUUAGUUGAAAUUUUGCAAUUUUUAAUGUAAAAAUUCAACUGCUAUCAAAACUUUAGCUAAGAUCAAGUUAUAAAUCAGCUUGUUUUUAUAGAUGAAAUUUAUUUUAAUAAAAGUUGCAAAUCAGUGGCUUAAUUUAAAAAAAAACAGUCCUUUUAAUGAUUGACCUAUUUGGCUACUUAUUGACCUAUUAUAUUUUAAAAUGCUGUUUCCUCUUAUGAAUAUUUAUUCAUUGUUUGUUUAUUAAGAUCUAUAAUAAAUUGUGCCAAGGAUAGAGAAAAAGACAUAUGUGUUUGUUUUCAAAUAUUUAUGUGAACCAGUAAAUGUGGUUGAAAAAGUC